GAGCUCAUCCGGCAUUUGGUUAUAAAAUGGAUUGACAAGAAGGAUGAAUCACCCUUAAGUUAAUAUGUAGGAUUAUUUUAUUCUGCAUAGGGUGGAACUAAUAAUAUCUGUAAGAGCUUAGUUGAAUUGCCAAGAAUGGAACGACCAAGGGUAAAAAUGUCAUUUUAAACUAACUCCAUGUGCAUGUUGUGCACUCCAAAGCACAAAUCUAGGUCUAGAAACAUCACACUUUCACUUACAUACAAAAAAUACUCAUUCAGCUCUGCCAAAUUUUUCGCCAAAAUAAACUUUUCAUGAUAUAUAUAUUGGCCAAAUUUUCUUCUCGCUGUGGAGUUAGCUGAUUUGGAGUUCAAAGUCAUCAUACAUCAGCAAUGCCUCACAGAACUCGGCCUAUGGCAGCUCUUCUGCUGUUUACUGGACUUAAUGUUGUUUUGGUCUCAACAAUAACUCCUGUCUAUGAUUUCGUAUGCUUCCAUCCAUAUUGGGAAAGAAGGAGAGAGCAUCGGCGUCAGGAACGUGAAGCAGCUUUGAGAAGUUCAGCAUCUGCUUAAGUGUGAUAACAAAGUCGGAGAUUCUGUAUAGCAGGUUGUCUUUUCAACAGGGUCACGAGAUAAAACUGACUUAUUCAGAGAAAGUAUUUAUAGAAUACGAAAGAAGUUAAGUUGGAGCCCUACACGUGCUUCUGGUUUUUAUUCUGCACACUAGUUUUUGUUGUUCCCCUCGUACAUUUGGAGUCAUAAUUUCAAGUUGAGCAACUAUCAAGCUGGCUUAUGCUUGAGAAAGAUGAAGACAUACACAUCUUACUAGCGUACUUGUUCUUUUCGAAAAGAAUUGAGACAAUUUUUUUUUUUUUUGAUGAGGAAACCAUUGUUGUUCCAUCUAUAUUGAUGACUGUUUGGCUUAGAGCAUCAAUCUUGAUGCUUACCAUGUAUUUAGAGGCUUACAGCAUGGUGCUAGAAAUUUUUGAAACUGAUUACUGUUCUGUUUCUUUGAUGCAAGACUUGAUAAAGUCAUGGCACUUAUUAAUCUUACAAGAAAUUGGAAGGCUUUAGUACUUUGAUAUAA